UAUUGAUGCGCUUCACGGGAGAAAGUUGCAAGCCUCGCACCGAACUAGUCCAUCGCAUCUCUGAAGAGCGACGUCCGCUGAAACCGCCCUCAUGUAGUCGUCGUUGCCGCAGGGGCCCCGCCACGCGCAGCUCUGACUUCUCUGUCACAUCAAGAAACAAACAAAGGCGUGCCCAUUGGCGCAUCAAACCACCAACAUCAGACGGAUCAGCCGCAACCCAGCUCCACACGCCACCAUGUUGUUGCCGCACAAGUCACAACUUCCACCACUCGCAUCACCAGUUGGGCACCAGCUAACCGUGAUGCUGUGCACGUCCAACCCAGGGAAAGCACAGAUGGAACAAGUCUUCAAGACGACGCCCCAAGGAGGGAAGCGAUGCUAAAACGAUGUCGUCGCCCGACCCUGCGACAGGGCCAUAGGCUUUCACCCGAAGACGAACCUCGGAGGUGGACAACGCCAAAGAGAGCUCCAAGACGACCCUUCAGAAAGGAAGAACGACGCCCACGGAUGCCGCGUCAUCGACGUCGGCAGAAGCCACGCAGGCUAUCACCCGGAGCAACUGGCCUCCACACCCCACGCAACCCAGCCACGGCAUGGAUGACCUGGAACUGAUCCUUAGACCCACUGUCCCGCACACAUCCGACGCCGUGGGGGUGCCACCACCACGUCGGAUCCAUCCACCUCGCCGUCGGCAAGCGCCGACGAGCCGUACCCGGCCAAGACAACCAGAUCCGGCAAUCCCCUAGUUGCGGCGCCGUCACAGAGGCCGCCAAAGGCCGGCGAGUAGCAGGCCUGCGAGCGGAGGAGCUACCAAAAGGCCGGAAGGGCCGGGGGCUGCCACACCGCCCCAACUCGCCAGCAGGAGCAACGGGCCGCAACCAAAAGCCCAAUGGCGCCAUCACCGCGGACGCCACCCACCGGAGACGCAACCUUGGAGAACCUAGCCACCAAAGCCACCACGGCGCCCCACAGAAGAGGCCUGAGCCUCCCGCCACCCGUCGAUUUACCAGCCGCAGAUCAAAGGGGAAAGCCCCGCCGCUGCUGUCUGCCGCAUGGACUUAGUCCAGCAACCUCAUCUGGCGACGAUGAGGGAAGGUAGGAAACAGGGGAGGCCCUGCGGCGGCUCGAUCUAGGGCUCCGUCCGUGUCGCCCCUGGAGGCGACGCAGGGGACAGGUGCACGAGAUGAACCAGAAGCACCUGUGCAACACGACCAAGAUUUACGUGGUGAACGGGCAGCUCCCGGGCCCCACCAUCGACAUCACCGACGGCGACACGGUUGUCGUCCACGUCGUCAACCGUCUCCCUCACGGGCUAACCAUCCACUGGCACGGUGUCCGGCAGAUGAGGAGCUGCUGGUCCGAUGGCGCCGGCUUUGUCACCGAAUGCCCAAUCCCUCCCGGCGGUGAGCACAUGUACCGCUUCAACGUCACCGGUCAGGUUGGUACAUUGUGGUGGCACGCCCACGUCACCUGCCUCCGCGCCACCGUCGCCGGCGCCUUCAUCGUCCGCCCCAAGGGCGGGAGGUACCCGUUCCCGACGCCCGCCAAGGACGUGCCCAUCAUCAUUGGCGAGUGGUGGGAGCUCGACCUCGUUGAGUUAGACAGGAGGAUGCAUGAUGGUAACUUCGACGACAAUCCUCUAUCGGCGACCAUCAACGGUAAGCUCGGCGACCUCAGCAAUUGCUCUGGCAAGCCGGAGGAGAGCUUCGUCCUUGACGUGGUGCGCGGGGACACAUACCUGCUGCGGAUUGUGAACACGGCGCUCUUCUCGGAGUACUACUUCAAGGUCGCUGGGCAUACGUUCACGGUGGUGGGUGCCGACGGAUACUACCUGACGCCGUACAAGACGGACAUGGUGACCGUCGCACCAGGGGAGGCAAUCGACGUGCUCAUGGCUGCCGACGCCCCGCCCGCGCACUACCAUAUGGUGGCGCUCGCGAACCAGCCGCCGGAGCCUGACCCGCAGAUCCCGGGGUUCGUGUCCCGUGGCCUCAUCCGCUACACGGGAUCCUCCCAUAACAACAACGGGCUGCCGGUGCCGACGCCCCUCAUGCCCAGCCAGCACAACACCAUGCCGUCCUACUACUUCCACAGCAACCUCACCGGCCUCGCCCACCCAGACCGCCAUCGUGUUCCCAUGCACGUCGACGAGCGCCUCUUCUUCACGCUCGGCCUCGGCUCCAUCUGCCGCGGCACCAACAAGACAUGCGAGCGUGGGCGGAGUCCCGAGACCAUCGUGGUGGCCACCAUGAACAACGUGUCCUUCCGCCACCCGACCAACGCGUCGCUCCUCGAGAGGUACUACGACGGCCGGACAAGUGGCCUCUACACGGAGGACCUCCCCGACCAUCCGCCACACCCGUACAACUACACCGACCGCUCCCUCAUCCCGCCGGGGCCGCUGGAGAAGGCGCUCGAGCCGACGUUCAAGGCGACCAAGCUACGGAGGUUCCGGUACAACACCUCGGUGGAGAUCAUCUUCCAGAGCACGGCGCUGCUACAGAGCGACUCCAACCCCAUGCACCUCCAUGGCUACGACUUCUUCGUCCUCGCCACAGGACUCGGCAACUACAACCCCAAGACGGACCCCAAGAAGUUCAACUACCACAAUCCACAGCUGAGGAACACGGUGCAUGUGCCCAGGACCGGCUGGGCCGCUGUGCGCUUCGUCACCGACAACCCCGGGAUGUGGUACCUUCAUUGCCACUUUGAGUUCCACAUCAUUAUGGGCAUGGCGACAGCGUUCAUCGUGGAGAAUGGGCCGACGCCGGAGACCAGCCUGCCCCCACCGCCGCCGGAAUUCAAGAGGUGUGGGGCCAAUGGCCUCACUCAGCCAUAGAGCUAAUUAAUCUGGGUAAGGACGUGCGUGCGGAAGUUGGGCCCUGAAUUUAUUUAUUAUUAGUGCAAAAUAAGAACAAAUGAAGAUGCACGCAAGGAUUUUCAUGGAUCCUUCAUUGUUCAUUGUAUCGAGGAUGAUUCUUACUGUAAAAGUUGAUAUUAUUCUUUUUUAUUUUACUUCCCCAUUGUAAUGUUUGAACUGUAAGUCGGUCCAGUAGGGUUCAGUUUUAAAGACAAGUAUACAAACUGGCUGUUAUCAUAAA